UGUCCCGGCUUCAGUGUGUCUCCGCACCCGCAGCAGCUCCGUCUGGAAGGUCAAACACAUCAUGGAAGCACCGAAGAAAAUCUGUGUGAUCGGCUCUGGUAACUGGGGCUCUGCCAUUGCCAAGAUUGUGGGUGCCAACGCAGCCAAGUAUGACAGGUUCGACACCACAGUGAACAUGUGGGUGUUCGAGGAGACGGUGAACGGACGUAAACUCACAGAAAUCAUCAACAACGACCACGAGAAUGUGAAAUAUCUGCCCGGCCACAAGCUGCCCCCCAAUGUGUUGGCUGUUCCAGACUUAGCUGAGUCUGUGAAAGGAGCCGACAUCCUCAUCUUCGUGAUCCCUCACCAGUUCAUCGUGAGAGUGUGUGACACCAUCAAAGACCACAUCAAGAAGGAUGCUGUAGGCAUGUCUCUCAUCAAGGGGGUGGAUGCGGGUCCAGAGGGGCUGAAGCUGAUCUCAGAGGUCAUCAGAGGGAAGCUGGACAUCACAACGACGGUCCUCAUGGGAGCAAACAUCGCCAACGAGGUCGCUGACGAGAAGUUCUGUGAAACAACCAUUGGUUGCAAAGACAAAGCCCACGGGCCCAUGCUGAAGGAGCUGAUGCAGACCACCAAUUUCCGUGUGACGGUGGUGGAGGAGGCUGAUGUUGUUGAGAUCUGUGGGGCGCUCAAGAACAUUGUGGCAGUGGGAGCAGGAUUCUGUGAUGGCCUGGGAUUUGGCGACAACACCAAGGCAGCGGUGAUCCGUCUCGGCCUGAUGGAGAUGAUCGCCUUCGCCAAGAUCUUCUGCACAAACUGCCCCGUCUCCCCCGCCACCUUCCUGGAGAGCUGCGGCAUCGCUGACCUCAUCACGACCUGCUACGGUGGACGCAACCGCAAGAUCGGAGAGGCUUUCGCCAAAACAGGAAAAAGCAUUGAGCAGCUAGAGAACGAGCUGCUGAACGGUCAGAAGCUUCAGGGUCCAGCCACCGCAUCAGAGGUCCACGUUAUCUUGGAACAGAAAAAACUGGUGGAGAAGUUUCCUCUCUUCACUGCUGUUCACAAUGUCUGCUUCAACGGCCAUCCAGUGACAGAGUUCAUCAAAUGUUUGCAGGACCACCCAGAGCACAUGUGAUGGAUGACAGCAGCCUGAUGAACAGGUGAAAGUUGAGAAAGGAUUUACACUAGAACUACUGUCUAACCCAGGUCAUUUCAGGGGGGAUGUUAGGUGAAGACUGUGCCUAAACCUGACUACCUUCAUGUUUAAAUCUCAAACAGAAAAUACCUGCGCUGCUUUGUUGACCCGCUUCCGUAUUAUGGACAGAAAACCCUUACUUCUGUUUUUACUGAUUCGAAACAAGUUGUUGUAUUAAACCCAGUCUUAAAAGUUUAAGGAAUUUUAAUCACUUUGCCUUACACGAUAUUCAAACCCUGACCUUAAUCUUACUAAAUGUGACAUAAUUUAUUAAAUUAAAGUGCCUUACCCUGCCUUAACACUGACAUUACUGUUUUCCAUGUAAAAUAAACACUGAAAACACAGCAGUUACCACUCACAUGUUUUUCUUCUGGACUUCUUAUGAUUUAUUUUGGAAUAAAUUAUUGAACUUUA